AUGAGUGAUCGCCGCUACUUUCAGAGUACAAAACGUGGUGAAAUCCAAGAAUUGAAAGAUGAACUACAUUCAGCCAAUAAGGAUAGGAAAAAAGAAGCAGUAAAGAAGGUAAUAGCUGCAAUGACUAUAGGUAAAGAUGUAUCGUCUUUAUUUCCAGAUGUAGUCAAUUGUAUGCAAACUGGUUGUAUUGAACUAAAGAAGUUAGUGUAUUUAUAUGUCAUUAAUUAUGCAAAAGUUCAACCAAAAUUGGCUAUUUUAGCUGUUAAUACAUUUUUCAAAGAUUCUAUGGAUCCCAAUCCAUUAAUUAGAUCACUUGCAAUAAGAACAAUGGGGUAUAUUCGUUUAGAACAAAUUACAGAAUACUUAGUAGAACCACUUAGAAGAUGUUGUAGUGAUCAAGAUCCUUAUGUCAGAAAAACAGCUGCAAUUUGUAUAGCUAAAUUAUAUGAUAUAUCUCCAAGCUUAAUGGAAGAACAAGGCUUUUUUUGCUUAUUAAAAGAAAUGUUAGCUGAUCAAAAUGCAAUGGUUGUAGCUAACACAGUUUCCAGCCUAUUAGAAAUUCAUGAAAUGUAUAUAAUUAAAAAUAGACCAAUUCCAAAAUUUGGAUAUUAUGAGGAUAAUGAAGAAGUAGAAGAUCCGGAUAUAGUUGAUCAAUCAGCAAAAAAUUUAUGUCAACUAUUACUUAAUGAAAUUGAAAAAAAACAAAUUUUAAUAGCAUUAAAUGAAUGUACAGAAUGGGGACAAAUUUAUAUUUUAGAUAUGAUAUCAGAAUGGCAAGUGAACUCUGAAGAAGAAAGUAAAUCAAUAUUAGAAAGAAUAACAUCAAGAUUAUCACAUGUAAAUCCAGCUGUAGUAUUAGCAGCAAUAAGAGCUGUUUUAAAACUUAUAUCUAAUAUUAAUAAGAAGGAUGAAAUAAUUAUAAAUACAAUGAAGAAAUUAAAACCUCCAUUAAUAACAUUAUUAACAACUUCACUACCAGAAGUUCAAUAUAUUAUAUUAAGAAAUGUUCAACUUAUAGUUCAAUUUAAUCCAUGCUUUUUACAAUCAGAAUAUAGAGUCUUUUAUUGUAAAUAUAAUGAUCCAAUUUAUAUAAAAAUAGAAAAAUUAAAUAUUUUAUUUAGAUUAGCAAACAAACAGGACUCUACUGAUCUACUUGCUGAAUUAAAGGAAUAUAGUACAGAUACAGAUAUAGAUUUUGCAAGAAAUUCCAUUAGAGUUAUUGGACGUUUAGCUAUCAAAAUUCAAGAAAUAUCUAAAGAUUGUAUUGACUUACUAAUUGAAUUAAUAACUGAAAAUUGUCAGGAUCAUAUAAUACAAGAGAGUAUUAUUUCAUUUAGAGAUAUACUUAGAUGUUAUCCUAUCUUAUUUAGUCAAAUUAUUUCUUCAAUUUGGGAUAUAUCUGAAAGAAUUAUAGAAUAUGAAUCAAGAGCUGCUUUUGUAUGGAUAAUAGGUGAAUUUUAUGAACAUAUUGAAGCUAAAUUUAAAGAAAAUUCUCUAGAUAAUUCUCAAUCAAUUUAUAUUGAAGAUUAUCUCCAAAAUUUUGUUAGUGUAUUUCUAGAAGAAAAUUUAACUGUUCAAUUACAAAUAAUUACUUGUAUUGUUAAAUGCUUUUUAAAAAGUCCUCUUAAAUAUCAACAACUUGUUACAGAUAUUCUUAAAAUAGCUACUACUCAAAUAGAAAAUCCUGAUAUAAGAGAUAAAGCCUAUAUUUAUUGGCGUUUGUUAUCUUCAAAUCCUGAAAAUACAAGGAGAGUAAUAUUAUCUCAUAAACCAACAAUUACUACUCAAUCUUUUGAUCUUGAACCUUAUUUAUUGAAAGAAUUAUUGGGACAAAUUGGAUUAACUUCAUCUGUAUAUCAUAAAAUACCAAGUUUAUUUGUUAGUGCUAAAAUUACACAAUCUAUAAAAAAUAAUAUAUCUUCUGAAGAUAUAGAUGAUUUUGGAGAUAAUGAUCUAAAUAUAAAUAAUAACAAAGUAAAUUCAAAUUUAGAAGUUCUUAAUUUAGAUUCUUGUGAAAAUAAUAACUCUCAAAAAUCAAUUACUCAAUGCCAAGAUGGAAAUUCUAAUCAUAUUGAAAAUAAUAUAACGGAAUUACUAGACUUAGAAACUACUAUAAAUACACCAAUUCAGAAGUCUAAUAUUAAUACACCAAUUAAAGAAAACAGUGAAGUUAAUAAUAAUACAGUAGAUUUAUUAUCACUUUGA